AUCGGAUCGCCCUGUACAUACAUAUACGUCUUUGAUUUACUGUCCUGGGCGCCAGCUUUGAGGCCCUCUUGUUUUCCUCCUCCUUCUUUUUCUACCUUUCCCCUCCAUCUAAAGUCCAGUCAUGUCGUCCAACCAUGCCACUCUCGAUGCGGCCGCUACCGACCGCAAAGCUCGUCUGGCGAAGCUGGCCGCGUUGAAGCGGAAACAACCGGAGCCAGAGGCCAUGGACGAAUCCAGUGCGCCGAAUGAUGAAGCGCAAGAUAGCACCCCCGACAUCUCAACGAAGUACCUCUCCGGAAGGAACUACGAUCCCGAAACCCGUGGUCCGAAGCUAGGAUUUGACCAGGAUCCCUUAGAUGGGAAGGAUACCCUCGAGGCUCAAGCCGCGGAGAUUGCCCAGGCCACGGCGGAGCAAGCGAAGAAGGACGAGCAAGCAGAUCAACCGAUCGAUCUGUUCAAAUUGCAGCCGAAGAAGCCCAACUGGGACCUCAAGCGGGACCUGGAUGAGAAGAUGAAUGUGUUGAAUGUGAGGACGCAGAAUGCCAUUGCACGGCUGGUGCGGCAACGGAUAGAGAACGCUCAGCGUGCGGCGAAGGGAAAGCAGGGCGAGGACGUUGGCAUCGAGGGAGAGAUGUUGGUGGAGGGCAUCCACGUCCGUGAACAGGAGGGAGCGGAUGAGAUGGACGAAGAUUGAAUUAUUGGACUUGUGAUACCCCCGGAGGUGGAUAGUUGUGGAAAUUGGUCUCUUUCUAUCAUCGCAUUUUUUCUUUCCUUUUUUUUUUGUUUUCUCUUCAACAUUUGGCUUUCGUCCUCAGGCGCUUAUUGUUGGGAUUCAAGGUACAUGCCAGGCGUUGAUGGGAUUUGCAUUGUGAUUCUACGGUACCAAGACCAAUUUUUCAUGUCAUUCAUAGC